UGUUUCAUUCAAUCCUCAUCCGAACGACAACAAAACUCAGGACCAAGGAAAGUAUCAUCUUCAGUUCUUAUUCUACUUCGAACAACAUCCCAACCGAUCGACCGAAUCUCAGACUCGCAGAGGAUAUCUACCACCAACACCCGAUAUCGAUCAAGCCAACUGACAAACCGCAAUUACUGAAGGACCUCCGUCACAAUUACCCAUCAGCUAGCCAGACACACUCAAGUCCGAUGUCGGAUCAUCAAUCAAAUGAACUAGAAGCCGAAAAAUCCAACCCUGCUCGUUCGUUCUACCAGCGCCAACUACCGGAGAGUUGUCUGUCGUUUACAUCAGACCGAGGGAAAGCUCUGUUUCGUUCAGCCCUGGCCGACGGCCAUCUCGAAUCUUUCUUUCCGCUGGCCUCUCAACUUGUGACUCAGCAUGAACCUUCGUUUUGUGGCCUGGCCACGCUCUGUACGGUCUUGAAUGCAUUAGGCGUGGAUCCGAAGAGGGUUUGGAAGCAUCCUUGGAGAUGGUUCGAACAAGACAUGCUGGACUGUUGUCGACCGCUCGAAUCGAUCCGCAAGAACGGAAUCACACUCGCCGAGUUUAACUGUCUGGCUCGUUGUAACGGGCUCGCCCUAACCAGCCGAUCACCCCCCAUAGGACCUCCAGAGGAUGACCCUAUAGGAUAUCAAAAAGGAUUACAAGAGUUCCGUUCGCAGGUCGCUACAACAACCGCUCUAUCUUCGGCUUUCCUAGUCGUAUCAUUCUGCCGUGCGAGCUUAGGUCAGACCGGGACCGGGCACUUUAGUCCAGUUGCUGGCUACUCAGCCGAAGAGGACCGGGUCCUAGUUUUGGACGUCGCGAGAUUUAAAUAUCCUAGCUAUUGGGUCGGUUUAGAGGAUUUAUACAAGUCGAUGAUCCCAGUCGAUCCGGCUAGUCAACGUCCCCGUGGGUAUACGAUCUUGAGUUACUCGCCCUUCCUUGAGCACACCAAUUGUCUCACCUGUAACCCCAAUCCGCCUUCGAUCACCCGCAUCAAUCUCAAUAAAUCAUCAUGGGCUAUUCUCUCGCGUGAACUUGGUCCGAUAAUCGAAUCUAUGAAGCUCGAACCGCUUCCGAUCGCUAUCCGAAAAAUACAUGAUUAUAUCUCUACUGGCCUUGCCAAGAUCCCAAAUCCUAUCGAAAUUCGAUCUGGCUUGGAGUCUGAAGCUCAAAAUCUCUUCAGUCAGAUUUCAUCUUCAAUUCACCUCCUAGUUGAUGAUAAACAAACGGAUGAAAUCCCCCCUAUCUUGAUUAUCUUUGCAUUGGCCGUCUUGCCAUCCCAUCCGCAUGCUCUUGAUCUCGAGUUCCUUGAACCCGAGUUGGCCUAUCUGAGGUCACAAUUGAAUGCGCUUGGUGAAUGUUGUUCGCUGGAAAACGAUCACGAGCAUCCUCAAGAGCAUCGAUGUCAAUGUAAAACCUCUUGAUGAGUGGUCGUUCCUGCCGUUAACAAAUUUUUAGCCAAGAUGGCCCGCGCUCAAGACUGAAGGCCAAGAUAUGAGUCUCUAAUUUUCCUCAAGCCUUGUUAUAUAUAUAUCCUUUGUUUCAGACAAGUUGUCCCAUUUCUUUCGUUUUUCUCAGAUAGAUUCUAAAUCAUUCUUGAUGUGCAAGCAAAGCUGUAUUGUUUUUGUGUGUGGUUUGUUGAUUGCUUAGAAAGUAUAUCACGAGUGAGCGC